ACGAUAGCGGUGAGUGUGGACCCCUCUCUGCGAGCUAUUUUGCGGCUGCGAGCUGAUUCCUACACCCCUGCCGCGGCCGCCCUCACUCUUUCCUAUGUGACAAGUCCUCUACAAUGGCAGACUCCGGAUCUGGCCGUGGAGGUUUCCGAGGUGGCUUCGGCACCCGAGGGAGGGGGAGGGGACGUGGACGCGGCAGGGGGCGUGGCCGUGGCCGUGGCAAGGAGAAUGAGAAGGAGUGGGUGCCCAUCACCAAGCUGGGCCGCCUGGUGAAGGAUGGCAAGAUCAGGAGCCUUGAGGAGAUCUAUCUCUUCUCUCUUCCCAUCAAGGAGUUUGAGAUCAUCGACUUCUUCCUGGGCCCCAAGUUGAAGGAUGAGGUGCUUAAGAUCAUGCCCGUCCAGAAACAGACCCGUGCCGGCCAGCGGACUCGCUUCAAGGCCUUUGUAGCGAUUGGUGACUUUGAUGGCCACAUCGGUCUAGGCGUGAAGUGCAGCAAGGAGGUGGCCACCGCCAUCCGAGGAGCCAUUAUCUUGGCCAAGCUGUCCAUUGUGCCUGUCAGGAGGGGCUACUGGGGUAACAAGAUCGGCAAGCCCCACACUGUUCCCUGCAAGGUGACAGGCAAGUGUGGUUCUGUGUUGGUGCGGCUCAUCCCAGCCCCCAGAGGUACCAGCAUCGUGGCCGCCUCGGUUCCCAAGAAGCUGCUGCAGAUGGCUGGUAUUGAGGACUGCUACACCAGUGCCAGGGGUCAGACCGCCACACUCGGCAACUUCGCCAAGGCCACAUAUGCUGCCAUCGCCAAGACCUACGCCUACCUCACCCCAGACUUGUGGAAGGAAACUGUGUUCACCAACUCCCCCUACCAGGAGUUCACCGACUACCUGGCCAAGUACCACAAGAUCAGCUCAGAGCAGCGCCAGGAGACCAAGCUGUACUAGAUGCCCUAAUAAAGAGACAUUUCGGUG